GGGGAAGUCCGAGACAAAACAACACUUUUCGACGAAAACAGUCACAUUGGAAAGUAAGUUUCCUUUGGGAAUUUUCCAGCCUUGAGACAUAGACCUGGACCAGGAUAAUUACUGGAAACAUCCAUGGGACAGGAGGUGGCCGAAUGGAGCCAAACAUCGACAGUGUCAGUACCAAGUGUAAUAUCGGAAUCAAGUUACAAGGAGCUGACGGAGGGAAGAAAACACUCUUUGAAUAAUUCACGCGUCUGUUGCCGCUACACGGUACCAAGACAGGAAAAGAGGGACGACUUCAAACCCAGACGCGACAAGCAAAAGGCGGGCGGACAUGCUGUGAAACGCCGUUCCCCGCCUCGCCGGAAUGAAGAGCGAAGCCAUUUAGUUGAUACGUUUGUGUUGCGCCUGACGGAAUCAGAAGCUUUGACCAUGGACUCGUUCAGCACCAAGAGCUUAGCGCUGCAGGCGCAGAAGAAGCUGAUGAGCAAGAUGGCCACCAAGAGCAUGGCCAGCCUUUUCAUCGACGACACCAGCAGCGAAGUGCUGGACGAGCUGUACCGGGUCACCAAGGAGUACACCCGCAACCGCAAAGAGUCGCAGAAGAUCAUCAAGAACCUCAUAAAGAUGGUGGUGAAGCUGGGGGUGCUCUACAGGAACAACCAGUUCAGCAGCGAGGAGCUGAUCCUGGUGGAGAACUUCAGGAAGAAGGUCCACACUCUGGCCAUGACGGCGGUCAGCUUCCACCAGAUCGACUUCACCUUUGACCGCCGCGUGAUGAGCGCCCUGUUGAACGACUGCCGGGAGCUCCUGCACCAAGCCAUCAAACGCCACCUGACGGCCAAGAGCCACUCGCGUGUCAACCACGUCUUCAAUCACUUCGCCGACUGCGACUUCCUAGCCACUCUCUACGGGCCCGCCGAGGUGUAUCGCGGCCACUUGCAGAGGAUCUGCAACGGCGUCAACAAGAUGCUCGACGAGGGUAACCUCUGACCUCUCAUUCCCUCAACCCCCGUAUGUCCCAAACUAAACUGAAGGCGACAAUCACGAACGUCACACGAACACUGAGGUGCUCUCUUGCCCAAAGUCUUUCUUUUCUUUGCCUAUCUCGGCUCUUUGCUUUUGUGUGGAAGCAAAGGAAAAAGCAGAUAAAGUGAAUGUAAAAGUUAGGAUAGCAGCCUUCGUGCCUGAAACGCUUUUGUCCUCAAUUCCAAGGGCACACAAUGCUCGCCGUCUCGCUCACUGAAGCCCUGAACAGGAAGUCUGUCAUAUCUCUGUAAACAACCGGCUCGGAACGGAAAGAAACCUCUAUACCUUUAUCCAAAGCUCUUGUUUUGUUUGUUUUUUAAUGUACUACUAUUGCACUCCAAACUGAGUCCUCCAGCACUGUACCAUAACGUACUUUUCCUGCAAGAAUGCAACUUAGUGAUGCAAGGGUACUUGAGUUAAUCCUGCUUAGCUUGCCUUUUAUUCACCUAAACCAGGGGUGGGCAAACUUUUUGACUCGCAUUGAUAUGACAAAAUUUACGGGGGGGCGGCAGACUAUAUAUUUUACACGUAACAGUCCACCUGGUAUUAUUGUAUCUGUAAAAUUGUCAUGCAAUCUGCUAUUAUUAUUUAUUAUUUUAUAUUUAUAUUUAAAUAUUUUACAAAUAAUAAAAUAUUAUAAUAAUUACAAUCAAAUUAAAAUAAUAAUUAUAUUAUUAUUAUGUAAAAUAUGCAAAUAUAACAAUAUUAUAUAUAAUUAAUAUAAUAAUUAGCAUUAAUAUAAUAAUUAUAAUAAUCAUAAUAGUUCUAAUAAUAAUUAUAAUAAUCGAAUAAUAAUAAUAAUUAUUAUUAUUAUUAUAAUUAUUAUUAUUAUUAUUAUGUGCUUGUGUCCCUUUUUCAGGAACACUUUGUAAACAACAGACCAUGUCAAAAAACGACAUUGAUAAAACCAUCAAAAGGUUGGCUCAGGCCAUGAUGCCAAGUUGUAUGUUGAGUUUAAAUGAAAUACUUUGGAAAGAUUGGGCGGGCCGUAUUCAAACACUUGACGGGCCGCAUGUGGCCCCCGGGCUGUAGUUUGCCCACCCCUGACCUAAACGCUCAACUUCCCUUCAAGGAGCCUGUUUAUACUCUUCCACUUACACAUAAACUGUCAGGGCCUGAGCAAGGGCGACAAAAGAUGAAGUAUUUGGUAAGGAUCCAUAAUAUUAUAAUACCGAUAACUUUUUAUUUACUUUUUUUGAAAUGUCAACAUAAGUGUAGUUUAUGCAAACUUGGAGGUAAAAUGGAUUGGAAGAAAUUAGGAUUGAAUCGAGACAUUACAACAAGCACAUGACUACUACCAGGAGAACCAGAGUAUAGAAGGGAGGUAGCCACCGGCUGCGGCCCAGCAAGGUGCACUGUAUUCGGGUACGCGUUCUGAGCAGCUGGUGUGCCACCACGCGGGUCUGAAAUAUUUUCACUUUGCAAAUGUCGCAGCGCCGGCGUUUCAGGUGGCUGCUGAUGAUGUUUUGCCCCCUCCCCCUUCCUGGCUGAUAAGGUUUUUUUGUGUUUCCAGUCAGGUCCCUUCCUUCAACUGGUACAUCCAGCAUGCCAAAUGUCAGAAAGUGAACGUUUGUUUACAUUUGAGGUCGGGGAAAAUAAUGUCACAAGGCAGGAGAAAAAAUCAGCGCUUGAUUUACUCACCCGCACAGUACAGUACGGAUAUCUUGUCUCAUUGGAUUGGAUGACUUGAAUUAUGGGCUAUCGGAGCUGAUUUUAAUGUUAUCGGAUUUAUCUGUAUGAUAAUUAUGGUGACACCCCCCACCCCCCCACUCCUAGUAUUUGGGUCAUAGGGGACCUAAAAAAUAUAGCCGGAUUGAUAUUAAACAUAUUUCUUUUGGAGCACUUAUGGGUUUUAUGUCAUGCUAGCAUCCUUGCCUAUGCAAACGGCCGCUAUGAAUGCUUCCUACCUAAAAAUGUCUGCGAUAUCUUUAGUAGAUGUUGUUAAACAUUAGCCUGCUAGCGGUUAGCAUCUUCUCACUCCUCUGUUUUCCACAACUGAAAGAAAAAAAAAUCCCAGUGGGAAGUCAUAACAAAUAAAAUUCUGAGAUAGAUGGGAAUGUUUUAUUUAUGAUAUAGAGUUGAAAUUACGAGAUCAAAAGUCACAACUAUGAUUUUUGCAAAGUCUUAAUUAUCAGAUAAAAAGUCAAAAUGAUUACAUAAAAAGUCGACAUUACAAGUCAUAAUAAUGAGAUGCAUAAAGUAGAUUAUGGCAUAUAAAGGUGAAAUUAUGAAAUAAAAUGUCAUAAUUAUGAUUUAGGGAAGUUAUAAUUAUGAAUCAAAAAGUACAAAUUAUGACAUUUUAUCUUGUAAUGUCGACUUUUAUCUCAUAAUUAUGACCACUUUAUCUCAUAAAUACAAGUGUUUAUCUCUUUUAUCCUAAUUUGGAUUUUUUUCAAUCAGAUAAUUAGGACAGAUAAUCAUAAUUGUGACUUUUUUUAAUCUCAUAAUUGACUUUUUAUCACCUCAUUUUGACUUUUUAUGUGAUAAUUAUGACUUCAGUGAUAAUUUCCACUUUCCUAUCUCAUAAUUAGGACUUUUUAUCUCAUAAUUUUUUUUUUUUAAUCACACAAUUAGGACUUUUUGUCUCAUAAUUAUUUUUUUAAUGACAUAAUUAGGAUUUAGCAUUGGGAUAUAAUUUUUCUGGGAGUGGCAUAAAUGGGCUUCCAUACGCUAGCUCCCCUACGGUUAUUCCGGAGCAUAUUUAUUAUUUUUAAAAAACUGAUUAUGACUUUACACCAAAGUGAAGAAAACGGUAUUUUUUUCCCAGAAGUAUCGAAGCUAAGUUACAACUAUAGCGAGAAGAUGUGUGUGCACGUGCGUGUGCACGUGGGUAAAGUAAGGCAAUUAGCCACCCUUUACCUGAUGGUACCAUCCCUCUGUAAUUCCAUCCGGCCUCUCCCCGGGGGAGCGUCAAGGCCACGCCCCAUUUGGACGAUGUCGCCGCCUCACCGCCGUUUGACUUAAUGCUUGGUUUUGUUGGUGUGCCGCCAAAGGAGCCCCGGCUAGAUCCCCCUAAUAGACGUCUUUUUGUUUUCCCAUCACUCCGACAAGAGAUCAGGAGAUUGCUCUGCUCCUCCACCUCAUUUUCUAUUCCGUGUGUGUGUGUGUGUGUGCGUGUGUUGGUGUGUGUGUGUGUGUGUGUGUGUGCGUACCUGUGACAGAAUUGUAAAUUGAGCCGUGUAAUAAGCGCUGUACUUUUCCCAGAUAGGAUUGCAGGAACUUGUAACUUCCUCCAACUCAGCCAAAGAGGAGCUGUUGUUCGUCAGCAUGGCGCCUUCUCCCAAGAAAGCGUUGAUGAUGGGAAUGAACAGUGGGAACGAUGAAAUGGCCUUUUUUAUUUUUAUUUUAUUUUUAUUUUUUUUUUUGCAUUUUGAGGCCAUCUCUGGGUCGUCUUUGUCUUCCAAAGCGCUAGCAACCUGUCUUGGACUUUUAGCAUCGUGAAUUGUUUUAUUUUCAUAUGUACAUACCAUUGUUUUCUCUCUAUGUGUUCCUCUAUUGUAUCUCUACUGACACAACAAAUAUAUUUCAUUUCUUAAACAAUACUUGCCUGGUCUUUUUUUGCUUUCCGUAUACAGUAAACCUCGGAUAUAUCGGAAAUUCGCUCACAACGGACAGAUAAAAAAGAACCGAUUUUUCUGUAAUGCAUUUCCAAUAAAAAUUCAUUGCAUAUAUUGAAUUUUUUAUAACGGAUUUCGCCUAUUUCGGACAAAAUCUCCAGUCCCGUUCCAAUGCAUUUCCAUGAAAUUUCCCUCGCAUAUAUCGGAUGGCCGCAUCGUGGCGCUCCGAUUCGCCGAAUCGUGACAGGCCGCUAUACGACGUCAUCUGCGCGUUCAGGUACAUUGGAAACAUAGUCAAGGAAGUGCCUUUUUAUAACGGAUAAAAUCCGAUUUACGCAUAUACCGGAUAUAAAUCCCAUAUAUGCGUAAAACGGACAUUUUCCGGUAUACGCAUAUAACGGAUUUCGCUUAUAUCGGACAAAACCAGUGGGAACAAUUGAUUCCGAUAUAUCCGAGGUUUGUAUUUCAGUCGUAUCCACUGUCUCCCUAGGAGCGAUCCCUUUCAACUUGUGGUGAAAGUGUGGACUUGAAAUGGUGAAAAUGGUGAAGUCAAACCAGCGUCAUGAUCAAUAAUGAUCACAAAGACUUUGUCUCUGUGUUUGUCACAUGACACCGCCGUCCCACCCUCCCUCAGUCAAUCCAAGCAUGAACAACCAUUUCUUUAUGGUUGGGGGGUAAGCCAACGAUACCAUUACAGUGGUUCUGCAGUUCAUCCAUGGCUGUGGGGGGGAUGAUGCAAUCGUUGCAUUUGUAUUAUUGAUUUGGGUAAGCCAACACUGCCAUCAGGAUUGCAAUCUCUUUGCGGUUGUGAGGGAGACAACCAAAGUUGGAAGGCAUCAAGGUGUUUCCUAAUUUCCUACAGGACUGCUAUAUAUUUGUGGUUGUGUGGGAGAAUAAUCACAUUUGCAUAAUUGGCUGGAGGGGGAUAGUGAGGUAAGCCAACACUGCCAUCACAAUCAUUGACUUUGCAUAACAGGCCAGGAGGGGUAAGCCAAGCCAUUUAUUUUAU